ACAGAACGCCAUGCGCCAUGUCAAAACUUCGGCAUUACAGGUCCAUGGAUCAGACCAGCACCGGCGUCGUCAUACGCAAAAAGAAUAUGACAGCAGUAUGCUUCGUCUGCAACCUGCCUAUUAUGUCGCACCAGGUUGGCCUGGUGUGGCAAGGCGGCAACGGCUGGGACGACUUGGUUCGCGAGCAGUUGGAAGAGUCAACAAUACGUCAACGUCUUGGCGGUCGUCGGGACUCGGCGGCACAGAUCACAACACCGCCAAGCACAUCGCCACCGCCGGGAUUGCAACGACGUCGGCGCAGCUCGUUGGCCCAGUUAACUGACAUAUUACGCGAAUGGAGCGGCGGUGCAAAGCAACAACAACAGACACAGCAGGUGGCACGCAACAAGGCUCAACUGAAUCGACGCGAAACUCUUGCCGAUUUGGCCCGCAGCUUGCCAUGGCGCACCUCAACCACCGAUGCCAGCACUGGCGCUGGUGGCAACACCACCGGUGGCAGCACCACAUACGUCACACCACGCAAACGUCGCGAAUCGAGCGCCGAUUCCGGCAUACGCAGCAUGAGAUCUCGUCGCGACUCCAACACCGCCGAGUUCGUCAAGCAUUGGAAUCGUCGGGAAAGCACCACAGUUGAGGAGCAAUCCGGCAGCGUCGUUGUUCCCGUUGUCAUUGAGUGCAGCAAGAGUGCCUCACGACGCGGUUCCGGCGAGAGUUAUCUGUCGAGCAGCCGGCGAGAUAGUAAUGUUGCCGGACGCGUAACAACGCCGCCUCCACCACCCAAAUACCAAGUGACCAAAAAGCGUGACUCGCUUGCCGCACCGGAGUUUCCCAAUUUCCGGCAGGAGCAACGUCCAUCGACAAGCUCUGCCGGCUCCUGCUCCGACUCAGUGCCAUUAAUCUCAACCAGCACUUACCACCAUCAGCAGGUGGACUCCGCCUGUCAGGCAUUACCACCGCCCACAAUUAUAACCAGCUCGGUGACACCACCGGCCACAAGUCCAACGGCACCAAAAGGACGACGCGACUCCACCACCCAAUGUGGUCGGGUGAAUCGGCGCGACUCCAAGGCGGGCAUAAGUCCAGAGCGUGCACCACGCCUCCAGCGAUUGCAACGUCAGGCAACCGCCUUCGAUGAGAGCUGCCUCCCUGGCGGCGGCAGUCGACGUGGCUCUCAGCCCGCUCUCAGUCCCGAUCCGCCCGAGGAGGGCGAGCGUCGCACCUCACGGCGUGACUCUCUCUCACCGGACAGCGCUUCACGGGGCGGUCGUCGUGAUUCCCGGACGCAUCUCUCGCCCGAUCGAUCCCACGAGCGUGAUGGAAGUCCUCGUCGUCAUACGCUGCGACGUCAGAGCAGCUCGGCGGCUCGUUCGCCUCGCUCUCCAGACUCCAAUAGCUGCUCCUCGUCGCGGGAUCCCAGUCCCGGCUCUCGACCACCGCCGUUAACCACCGUCGAACAGAAUCAACGGCCUGCCAUACGGAGGCAGUCCACCACCGAGGAGAUUCUCAUUGCACGUGGCUUUCGCCGACAAUCGACCACCGAGGAAAUGAUUCGAUGCCGGAACUUUCGUCGACAAAGUUCUCAGAGCGAUGAUGUCUGUCGCUAUCGUGGAAGACGCGACUCUUCGGCUCAGAUCAUAGAUGGCACCAUUGGCACCAUGACCGUGGAAACAACCAGCACUUUCUUUGACUCCAGCACUCAGACAGAGCCUUCACCGCUUUAUGAUAACAAUCAUUAUCAUGAGGAAUGCCUGCGCUGCAAUUCUUGUGGUUUAAAUUUGACUGGCCCGAACCAGAAACGAGCCAGAAGGUUCAAGAACCAAAUACUGUGCGAUCUGCAUUUCGCCGACGUGGCCCUAAUGGAGUGCUCCGAUUUUAUGCAACAGCUGCGAAGCUUCAAGCCACAAUCGCUGGGCUGUGCGGUCGCCAGGCGCAAAAGCUCAACGACGUUAAUAUUUCCACUGCCGCCGCAAGCUUGUUCAGAUGAAUUCUGUGAGGAAUAUCCACAUAACUUGAUGCCCACGCCCGGAUAUUGGAUAGAGUGUUCACGUCAGAAGAUAACGCUGCCAACACCGCAUACCAUCUGGGAUGAAAGUGAUUCGGAACAUGAGGAUAUACGUGCUGGCAGUGCCAGUGAUGCAUAUUUGGAGCGUGAGUGCAGUGAUCUCUAUGAGGAUGAUGAGGACUCGGAGGCAACACCGAGUCCCCGAAAGAAAACAACCAUCGAGGAGCAAUGGGAUCAACAGGGCGCAUUCGAAUUAAUAUCCGUUGAACAGGAGACAUAUGAAAAGUAUUUUUAUGGCACCGAACAUUGGAAUUACUUUACAAGUGAUGAGGAUCUGGGCCCAGUCAUUCUAUCCAUCAAACAGGAGACGCUCAAUGGACGUGAUCAGUUUCGUAUCCUCGUGCGAGCUGGUUCCUAUACCGUGCAUGGACUGAUACCGGCCUCCUGUGUAUUUGCCGAUAGAUACAAUCGCGAGGAGGUAGUUAGAUCUUUAGGUAAAGAAGUUAAUUUAAAUCCACCUUUAACAUUAGGACAAUUACCCGAUACGCCGGAGGAAUUACUAAAAUUAGAUCAGGUUUUUAUAAAAUCCGAAUUAAAAGUGGGCGUUAUUUUCGUCAAAGAGGAUCAAUACACCGAAGAGCAAAUUCUGGACAAUAAUGAAAAUUCACCGCUCUUCGAUGAGUUCCUCACGCUGCUCGGCGAUCGUGUUCGAUUGCGCGGCUUUGAUAAAUACAAAGGUGGCCUUGAUACGGUGCAUGACCUUACAGGUUUAUUCUCCGUUUAUACGAACUGGCGCAAUAUUGAGAUUAUGUUUCAUGUUUCGACACUGCUGCCAUACGAGAAACAUGAUCCACAGAAAUUGCAACGCAAGCGUCACAUUGGCAAUGACAUUGUCUGUGUCGUGUUUUUGGAGGCGGACAACACCCGCUUCAGUCCCGCCUGCAUUAAGAGCCAUUUUCUACACACCUUUAUACUGGUGCGUGUGUCGGCGCGUAUUAAACACAAGCCCACACGCUACGAGGUGUCUGUGGUGACACGCGAUGAGGUUGGCGCCUACAAACCCUACCUCUGGGAACAGUCCGUCUUCGAGAAGGGUCCCAUGUUUCGUGAAUGGCUGUUAACAAAGAUUGUGAAUGGAGAGCGAGCCUCGUAUUCGGCACCAAAAUUUGCCCGAAUGCAGGAAAGGACGCGUUCCCAAAUGCUGGAGGAUCUCGUGAUGAAUUUAUCGAAUCAUGCGGAGACUGGACAGAUACCGAAACCAUAUAGGCGCGGCUCCUGGCGACCCAUUGGUGAGGAUGAAUAUUUCAGAAUGUUGCAUGCCAGAGUGUUAGACAACAACGAACAACAACAACAGCAACAACAAAUGCAACAACUGCAACAGCAACACUACAACAAUUGCUGCUAUUGCAAUUGCAAUGUCAAUGCCAAAUCAAAUGACAGUCAAGAGCAGCAACAACAACUGCUUGUGGCACUGGGUACAACAGCAACAACCACACACAAUACACACACUAAACAAACCAACAACAACAACAACAGCAGCCAGACAGCUGAGCAACGCCAACAGCAACAACAACAACGGCAACAACAGCAACAACAACAAUCAGCAAUGCUUGCCACACAGUCAACGUCGUUGUUGAGCCACAAUUUGUGCUGUGCCUCUGUGAUGCAUCUCUGUCUGAGACAUAGCCACAUGCGACCGUCUUCACCGCUGCUCGAUUCGGUGAGGGAUCAGUUCGAGGAUUAUGAUCAACUAGCCAAAGACUUUACGCGUGUAUUUUUAAACGAAGAACCAUCGUGCCUGACAAAUGCCCAUCUAUUCGAUGUAGUUUUUCUGGUGGGUCAGUCCAAGCAAAAGGCGCGCCUUAUUGGCGUACGUGCAAUAUUGGGAGUGCGAAGUCGCGUCUUUCAGGAAAUGCUAUACGGCAUACAGACGGGAUUUGGCUCACCUCAAAUACCAGUGGCUGAAAUCUUUGCACGUCCAGCACCUUCGCUGGUAUCGCCACAAAAUCAAAAGCCAAAAAGUAACAAUUAUUUAACCGUACCGGACUCGGAUUCCAUAAGACCAAAAAGUGUACCAUCAUCACCGAUGGUGAAGCGUGCUUUCUCACGAUUGGGAACGAUAACCGCUGGCUGGGGACGUUCGAUAAGGAAUAAGAAUACGAAUCAACUGAAUCCGGAUGAUAAAAAGAAAUGGAUAUCAUCUACAGAUUGUUCGAACAGAGAUAGUAAAGACAAGGAUAAAGACAAGCCGGGUAACAACCAAUUGGCCGUACCGCGUCUCUCCGUCUGCGCCGAUGCCCAAAAGGUGGAUCGAGCCAAAUUGGCCCAAACGGAAUUCAACAUUAUCGAGUUCGAUCCGGAUACAUUUCGGGUGCUGCUGGACUAUCUACAUACUGGAACCUGCCCGUUGACCUGUGUCUCUAUACCAGGUCUUCUCUGCGCAGCAGAGCACUAUGAUCUACCGGAGCUGUUGCAAGCAUGUUUCCAUCACUGCAAGCAGUUUCUGCGCAUCGAGGUCGUCUGCCCGAUGCUGAUUUCGCUGGAGAAUUACUACUGGCGCUACACAUCCGCCUCUGAGCUGGUCAACAUGAUACUAUCGUUCGUGGAGAGCAAAGCGCACUCGCUAUUCAAAUGUCCCGAAUUUCUGCAUCUAUCCGAAUCGAUGGUGCAGAUGAUAAUGUGCCGAGAGUUGCAGACACCAGAGAUACGUAAAUUUGAGGCGAUGCUGGCGUGGGCACAGCACAAAGUCGGAAAGCUUAAGAAUCAUCCCAAUAAGGAUACACAAUUUGAAUUCGAAUGCAUUAUGGAGCGUCUAACGCGAGAUUUGAAUUUGUGUCGCAUUUCGCCGAGUGAACUGUUAACGGUUGUGCUGCCCUCGAAGUCGAUGAAGAACGAACGGAUCAUGGAGACGCUCAUGGUGCAGGUGAAUCUCGGCACCUAUCGGAUGCCCGAGCUGGAUGCGUAUCGUCAGCAGUUGCGACAGCAGGAGUCCGCCGAGGCCACCGUGCAAGUCCAUCGGGGUGGAUGAGACAGUAAGAAUCAUCACCACGGCAUUCAACUUGAUGCACGCGCCUAUGCCAUGGCCUCCGUUGCCGUUGCCCUCGAGCAUCAACAGCAACAGCAACAACAACAACAACCACCUCGCGAUGCCACCGAUGAGGAAGUGGAGCUGUAUGCCAGCUUUGAUAUGGCGCCCAGCACAAGUCGUGUUGCCGCCCAAAUGCAGGCUGCCAAAGAGGCAAGACGCAAGCGUUGGGCCGCCGAUGGCGCCAGCGGCAGCAGCGAUGGCGGCUGCGCCAGUGGCAGCAGCGGCAGCGGACGGCGACACUAA